AUGGAAUCCUGCAGUGCCGGUCCCUGUACCAGAUCCUGCAGUGCCAGAUCCUGCAGUGCCAGUAUCUGUACCAGAUCCUGUAGUGGCGGUCCCUGUACCAGAUCCUGCAGUACCAGAUCCUGCAGUGGCGGUCCCUGUACCAGAUCCUGCAGUACCAGAUCCUGCAGUGGCGGUCCCUGUACCAGAUCCUACAGUGCCGGUCCCUGUCCCUGCUCCUGCUCCAGCACUGCCUCGUCCAAAGCCACCUGGUCCACCUCCCGUCCCAACACCAGAACCAGGUAUCCCGCCGGUCCCCAGUCCUGCUCCAGGUCCACCACCAGUUGUUACUCCAACACCUCGUCCUGGGACCAGUCCUCCUACCCCCAGCCCAGGACCAGGUCCAUAGCCAGCUCCACCAGGCACAACUCCUCCACCUGGUCCAUAGCCUGUACCAGGACCACCAGGCCCAACUCCUCCACCUGGUCCAUAGCCAGCUCCACCAGGCCCAUAGCCAGCUCCACCAGGCCCAACUCCUCCACCUGGUCCAUAGCCAGCUCCACCAGGCCCAACUCCUCCUCCUGGUCCAUAGCCUGUACCAGCACCACCGGGCCCAACUCCUCCGACUGGUCCAUAGCCAGCUCCACCAGGCCCAACUCCUCCUCCUGGUCCAUAGCCUGUACCAGCACCACCAGGCCCAACUCCUCCACUUGGUCCAUAGCCUGUACCAGCACUACCAGGUCCAACUCCUCCACCUGGUCCAUAGCCAGCUCCACCUGGUCCAUAGCCAGCUCCUCCAGGCCCAACUCCUGCUCCUGGUCCAUAGCCUGUACCAGCACCAGCAGGCCCAACUCCUCCUGGUCCAUAGCCUGUCCCAGCACCACCAGGCCCAACUCCUCCCGGUCCAUAGCCUGUCCCAGCACCGCCAGGCCGGACUCCUCCAGCACUUGUUCCUGGACCUCCAAGUCCUGUUCCUGCUCCUCCUAAUCCAGUUCCAGUUCCACCUGGACCGUAUCCAGUUCUACUUGGCCAAUAACCCGCUCCUCCAGUGCCAGUGCCGGCAGCACCUGGACCAUAACCAACCCCAGAGGCAGGUCCCAUUCCUAUGCCGAGU